AGGAGCUCUUCUAUUGCAGAGAAGAGGGCCGCUGCCAUUUCCACUCGCGCUCUCCGCACUCCCCGCUUCCAGGGGAGGAAACAAGAAGAAGAAGAGGGAAAAAAGAGAAGGAGGAGGAGGAGGAAGGAGGGGGGAAAGAGGGAGGUUACACACACACACACACACACACAGAGAGCCUGCCUGAGCCGAGGCGCUGGGCUGCCAAGACUCACACACCGCCUGCCGCCGCGCCUGCUGCUGCUUCUCCUCUGGGCAAGGGAGCAGAAAGAAAGAAGAAAGCCAAGAAAGAGAGGGAGAAAGCCCCCAUCGCAGCCCCCAUCUCGCUUCCUUCUCCCUCUAUGGCGCAAGGCAAGAGACCCAAGAAAGUGACCGAGAGGCAGGAAAGGGAAGGAUCGUAACUUUCGACCCACCGAGGAAGCUUCCCGUGCUCUUCGCAGGCUCGAGAUAACUUUCUCUCGGGAGGGAAAGCGCCAGGCUUGGGGAAGGCUGCUGCUGCUGCUGCUGCUGCCAGAGGUGCCCAAAGGUGAGCCUCGGAGAAGAGAGAGAGAGAGAGAGAGAGCGAAGGGAGGAAAGAAGGGAGGAAGAAAGUUUCGUGGCUCGGGAUUGGAGUGUCCCCUUCUUCCAGCAGCACCUGGGCGAGAGAGAGAGCGAGCGAGCGAGGGAAGGCGAGCAGGGGAGCCCGAGGCGAUGAUUUGGAAGCGGGUCUGCCGGUGCCGGGGAGGCUUCGGCGGGGACCUGCUUUGCCUGCUGGCCCUCUUGCUGGGCUGCCUGGUGCCCGCCUGCCGGGCCCGCCUCUACACCAACCACUGGGCCGUCCGCAUCGCCGGCGGGAUCCAAGAAGCCAACCGGAUCGCCAGCAAGUACGGAUACGUCAAUAUCGGACAGAUUGGAGCAUUGAAGGAUUACUACCACUUCUACCAUAGUAGAACGAUUAAAAGGUCAGUUCUCUCAAGUAGAGGUACUCACAGCUUCAUUUCAAUGGAACCAAAGGUGGAAUGGAUAGAGCAACAGGUUGUAAAAAUAAGGACAAAAAGGGAUUACAAACCUGGCAGCAUCCAGUCCAUGUAUUUUAAUGAUCCCAAAUGGCAAAGUAUGUGGUACAUGCACUGCAGUGAUAAUACAAACCUCUGUCAAUCAGAUAUGAACAUUGUCGGUGCCUGGAGGAGAGGCUACACUGGAAAGAACAUUGUGAUCACCAUCUUGGAUGACGGCAUUGAAAGAAACCACCCAGACUUGAUGCAGAAUUACGACCCAGAUGCCAGUUUUGAUGUCAAUGGUAAUGAUAUUGACCCCAUGCCUCGAUAUGAUGCCAGCAAUGAAAACAAGCAUGGAACCCGUUGUGCUGGAGAAGUGGCAGCUACAGCAAACAAUACACACUGUAUAGUUGGAAUUGCAUUUAAUGCCAGAAUUGGAGGAGUACGGAUGCUGGAUGGCGAUGUUACAGAUAUGGUAGAAGCAAAGUCACUUAGUCUCAACCCCCAACACAUACACAUCUACAGUGCUAGCUGGGGACCUGAUGAUGAUGGGAAGACAGUGGAUGGACCUGCUUCUUUAACACGCCAGGCCUUUGAGAAUGGCGUCAGAACGGGCCGAAACAACCUGGGAUCCAUCUAUGUUUGGGCAUCAGGAAAUGGUGGACGGAGUAAGGAUCAUUGUUCCUGUGAUGGCUAUACCAACAGCAUCUACACCAUCUCCAUCAGCAGCACGGCCGAAAGUGGGAGAAAACCUUGGUAUCUAGAAGAAUGUGCAUCUACGCUAGCAACAACUUACAGCAGUGGAGAGUCCUAUGACAGGAAAAUAAUUACUACAGACCUAAGGCAACGUUGUACAGACAGCCAUACAGGGACUUCUGCUUCUGCACCUAUGGCUGCAGGAAUUAUUGCACUGGCACUGGAAGCAAAUCGAUUACUGACAUGGAGAGAUAUACAGCAUAUCAUUGUAAGGACUUCACGGGCAGGACAUUUGAUUGCUAAUGACUGGAAAACUAAUGCGGCUGGUUACAAGGUUAGCCAUUUAUAUGGAUUUGGACUGAUGGAUGCUGAAGCCAUGGUUCUGGAAGCAGAAAAGUGGACAACAGUUCCUCCACAGCAUGUGUGUGUUGAGAACACAGAUCGACAAAUCAAAACAAUACGACCAGAUAAUAUUCGUAAUGGACCAGAUAAUGGUGUUCGCUCAAUAUAUGAAGCUACUGGCUGCGCGGAUAAUCCAAAUCACCAUGUAGUCUAUCUGGAGCAUGUUGUAGUGCGCAUCACUAUUACACAUCCCCGAAGGGGUGAUUUGGCAAUUUAUUUGACUUCUCCUUCUGGAACAAGAUCUCAACUCUUGACUAACAGGUUGUUUGACCAUUCCAUGGAGGGGUUUAAAAACUGGGAAUUCAUGACUACUCAUUGCUGGGGUGAAAAAGCAGCUGGUGAUUGGAUUUUGGAAAUUUAUGAUACCCCAUCACAGCUGAGAAAUGUCAAAACUCCAGGAAAAUUGAAGGAAUGGUCCUUAGUACUUUAUGGGACAUCAAUUCAACCUUAUUCUCCAAGAAAUGAUUUCCCAAAAGCUGAACGAAUACGUUCAAGUCCAAUAGAAGAUCCUACAGAAGAUUAUGGAGCUGAUGAUUAUGCAGGUCCAUGUAAUGCAGAGUGUAGUAAAGUAGGAUGUGGUGGGCCAGGACCAGACCAUUGUAAUGACUGCCUACACUAUUACUACAAAUCUAAAAACAACACACGCAUCUGUGUUCCCAACUGUCCACCUGGUCACUACAGCGCAGACAAGAAACGUUGCAAAAAAUGUUCACCCAACUGUGAAACUUGUUUUGGAAGUCACAAUGAUCAAUGCAAUACUUGUAAACCAGGUUACUAUAUCAAUGAAGAGACUAGGAGUUGUUUCACUAGCUGCCCAGAUGGAUUUUACCUGGAUAAUAAUAAGAUUGUCUGUCGUAAAUGCAGUGAAAACUGUAAGACAUGCACUGAAUUUCAAACCUGUACAGAAUGCAGACAUGGCCUAAGUUUACAAGGCUCCAGAUGUGUUAUCCGCUGUGAAGAAGGGAAAUAUUAUAAUGGCAGGGACUGUGAACCAUGCCACCAUUCAUGUGCUUCUUGUGCAGGCCCAGGAGCUGAUGCUUGUCUAAAUUGCACAGAAGAGUAUCUUAUGGAAAAUGGAAGAUGCGUGCUAGCUUGCAACAAUGGCUACUAUUUCGAUCAGUCUCUAGAAAAUGGAUACAAAAGUUGCAAAAGAUGUGAUAUCAACUGUUUGGGGUGCAGUGGUCCAGGAGAGAAAAAUUGUACAAGUUGUCCAAAUGGCUAUAUCUUAGAUACAGGUCUCUGUGUAGUUGGUCUAGUCUGUAAAGAUGGAGAAUAUAUUGAUCCUCUUGACCACUGUCAGUUCUGUGAAGCCUCCUGUUCUAAGUGCACAGGACCAUCUUCAAAGGACUGUCUUGGCUGUGUUUCCACAAGAUUUUUGGAUGAUGGACGCUGUGUUCUUCAGUGCCCUAAAGGGAAAUUUGGAUUUCAAAAUCAGUGUCAUUCUUGCCAUCCAACCUGUAUGGAAUGCACAGGAAGUGAACUGAACGAAUGCACUGCUUGUGGGAAAGAUGAGCAAGGGAAUACACUUUUCCUGUAUCUGGGAGAAUGCAAAGAGAGCUGCCCUGAGGGCCAUUAUCCUUCAGAGAAGGACAGGACUUGCAUGCCUUGCUUUGAGCACUGCGAAGUGUGCCUCGAUCAGACCGAGUGUGAGAGAUGCUUUGAAGGAUACUACCUGCUUGAUAACACCUGUCAGAAGGACAAUUGUAGUAAAGGUGAAGCAGAGGACCUUGAUUUAGAAGACUGUAUUCCUUGUGCAGAUGGUUGCCUAUCCUGCAAUUUGGACAAUCCAAGGAUCUGCACAUCAUGUAUUCACAGUUAUUAUAUGUACAAUCAGCGAUGCUAUAGAAGUUGUCCUCAGAAUACCUACAAUGAUGAAAGCACUCUCCUUUGCAUAGAGUGUCAACCAAAUUGCAGAAGUUGUGAUAAAUAUGAGUGCUUCUGGUGUAAAGAAGGUUUUUUUCUUCUAGAUGGGAAAUGUGUGAGUGAUUGUGGAGCUGGCUUCUACAGCGAUGAGGUCACAGAGGAAUGUGAACCAUGCCACAGGACCUGCACAACAUGCAAAGGGUUCAGCUACAAUGAUUGCACUAGUUGCAAAGGAAAUUUACAGUUAUUUCAUGGAAAGUGUGUGAAUCCCAAAAACAAACAAGUAAAUGGGAAAUUCUGGAAUGACGCUACUUGGUUUCUUCAACCAUGUGAUUCUUCAUGCAAAACCUGUGGAGAAACUGCUGACACUUGCACUUCCUGCCCCAAAGAGAGAUUUCUUUCUGCUGGGUCAUGCGUCCAUGUUUGCCCAGAAGGACACUUUGGCAAUGUGAAGACCAAACAGUGUGAGAAAUGUGCAGAUGGCUGUGAGAAAUGUUCAAGACCCAGCUACUGCCUGAAGUGUUUGUUCGAUUCAGACAUGCCCCGCUAUUUGUUCAGAGGCAAAUGUGUGCACACGUGUCCUACUGGCUAUUUUGCUGAACAUGAGAUUUGCCAAAUGUGCAGCAAAUCUUGCAGCACAUGUGAAGAAAAUGCCACCAGAUGCAUUUCAUGUGAGAGUCCUUUCCUUCUAGAGCAAGGGAAAUGUAAACUGGCAUGUUCAGAGAAGCACUUUGUUGUUGAUGGAGUCUGUCACCCUUGCCCUGAGAAUUGUCAGGAAUGCAUCCAAGGAAGCUCAUGUAAAGCAUGUAUUCCACCAUAUCAUCUGUACAAUGGGAAAUGUUUACGGAACUGCCCAUCUGGCUUCUUUCCUGACUCCAACCACUGUUUUGCCUGUCAUGAAGACUGCAAAGAAUGUGAUGGGCCAGCAUUUGAUGACUGCAUCGACUGCCCCACUGUUUUCUCCUAUGUUCUAUACAAUGGCAGAUGUUCUGAAGAAUGCCCAGAUGGCACGUAUUACGAUGAAGAAAGUGGAAAAUGCCAAGAGUGUGACAGGACAUGUCAAACUUGUUCAUCCACCAUGUACUGCCUCACCUGUAAAGAGGGCCUCUCAAUGAUUGAUACUGGCUUCUGCGCAAUGCCACAUUACUGUUCCAACACUGAAUACUAUGAUGAACACAGCAAAAUGUGCAAAUCUUGCCACAGAAGUUGUUUGGAGUGUACAGGACCUGCUGAAAAUGAGUGUCUCAGCUGUCCCAAAACUUGGCAUCUACUCAAUGCAACCUGUGUUGAAACAUGUCCAGAUGGAUACUACGCAGACCAUGAUGAAAAUAAGUGCCAUGCUUGCCACAGGACCUGUGAAACUUGCUAUGGAAAACACAGCACACAGUGCAUUUCCUGCCCACCCAGAUGGUACAAGCAAGAAAAUGGAUGUGUUCAGAUCUGCACCAAUGGGUACUAUGCAAAUAAUGUUAUUGGCACUUGCGAGAGAUGCCACAAAACCUGCAAGGAAUGCCUGGGACCUGCUCCUACUGACUGUAUGUCCUGUGAUGAAGGUUUCUUCUUGUUGGGUUCAAGUAAUGAAUGCCACGUGUCCUGUCCUGAAUCUUACUAUGGGGACAAUGAUAAACAUACCUGUGAAAGGUGCCAUCCAACUUGUCUGACUUGCAAUGGAAAAGGACCACUCAGCUGCACAUCCUGUGUAUGGAGUUAUCAGCUUGUUGCUGGCAUCUGCAACUCAGAAUGCUUACUGGGGAAAUACAAAAUCUCAGAGGACCCACCUCAAUGUGAAAACUGCCAUGGAUCUUGCAUGGAAUGCAAGGGGCCUGGUCCCCUGAACUGCACUGUGUGUCACCUUAACAUGAAGCUGCUCCUGGAUCAGAAUCGCUGUGUCCCAUGCUGCAAGAAUUCCGAAGUGCAAACUCAGGAGUGUUGUGAUUGCAGUGAAAUGCAUGAUGAGUGUAUAUUACUCAGUGCUAACUUGUCAGAAGAAGCAAAAGGCAAAGCUGUAGCUCUGGUUGUGGCCAUGCUCAUUUUGUUGUUCAUCACCACUGGAGCUGUUGUUUUCAUCUGGAGACGUUCACGAGCCAAAGCCAAGCCAAGCAACCAAGGUGGAUAUGAGAAGCUGUCAGAUAAUGCAAAGACACUCAGUUCUUUCAAAAGUAACCACUUCCAGAGCACCAGCUAUCAAGAAGAUCAAGUGAUUGAAUACAGGGACCGAGAUGCAGAUGAUGACGACGAUGACGAUGAUGACAUAGUCUAUAUGGGUCAAGAUGGCACAGUCUACCGCAAAUUUAAAUAUGGACUUCUAGAGGACGAUGAAGUAGAUGAACUGGAAUAUGAUGAUGAAAGUUAUUCUUUUAGAUAAACUUCAUAUGCCAUUUGGUCUUUUCUACCCAGUUUAAUAUAUUUCUGGAAAACGAUGAACUCCUUGUAAAUUUAGAAACCCACCUGAAUGAGAAAUAAUAUCAUUUACUAUAUAUUUCCAUUUGACAUUGGUUUUUUCUCCCUUGCCACUUGGCAAUUGGCUUUCCAUUGUAUGUACCUUUGGUAAUUAUACGCAAACCAUUGUAUGCUUAGUAAACGAUUAUCUAUGUAAGCUCAAAAAUGUUUCAAAUAUUAGACCAAAUCUUCUUGUUGUUCCAGCUGUUGAGUGAACAUUGAAUUGAUCCUAUUGAGCUACUGUAGUUGGGGCUAAGCAACAGGAUUCCAAUGAUAGUUUAAUCACCCUAUCAAUAUUUAUUAAAUUAUGUUAUAAAGUGUCAUUAAACAAAAUAUGGAGCCCCCGGUUGUGCAGUGGGUUAAACCCUUGUGCCGGCAGGACUGAAGACCAACAGGUCGCAGGUUUGAAUCCAGGGAGAGCGCGGAUGAGCUCCCUGUAUCAGUUCCAUCUCCUCAUGUGGGGACAUGAGAGAAGCCUCCCACAAGGAUGGUAAAAACAUAAAAAAAACCCAUCCGGGUGUCCCCCUGGGCAACGUCCUUGCAGACUGCCAAUUCUCUCACAUCAGAAGCGACUUGCAGUUUCUCAAGUCGCUCCUGACACGACAAAAAAAAUUAAACAAAAUACAUGAGUUGCAUUCAAAACUUACAUUUGCUUUGAAUUAAGACCACCGAAAGCUAGACAAAACUGUGUAGUUUUUACUAAUGACAUAUCUCAGUUUGUUUAACCAGUAUUCUCUCUAUGUUGUGUGUCAUACUGUUGCAACAAUGGAAUUUUUCAUGUGGCAAAAGAUACCUGAUUCCAGUAGGUUAAUAUUAUAGUAAACAUACUUGGCAAAAGGUCAUUUCACACUUGCAUAUUUGAAAUUUGAUGUUUGGAAUUCCCAAUCUGCAUCACAGAUGAUCCCAGGAAGUACUUUCAAGUCACUUCAUGCUUUUUCAUGAUGGAGAAGCAGAACACAUUCAUUUGGAAGUCACUAAAUAUUGAUAAGCCUAGUUUGCAUAAAUGCUAAAAAUUCAGGUUCUUGUUCAGCAGUCAAGAGGAAAUUGGAUCCUUCUGCUUUAUUUUUGAUUAAGAGCUAAAACUACUCUUAAACUAAACAGUGUUUGAUCUAUAACUAGUGAAAACAAAGGUUUUUUGUAUAUAAUAGGAGACUGGCCCAAUCCUAAAUCAUGCAAGUCAAGAUGAUGGUACUCUAAAACUGUCCCGGAGGAGAGGAGUGCCUCACUCCAAGGCUUACUCUGCUUGUCUUUAUAUGGUUUGGUGUUACAUGGCUUAGUAUUUCUAUGGGCUUAGCGUUACAUGUAAACACAGCCAUUGGACGAAUAAGGCACACAUAAUGUGCAAACCAGUUUAAAACACAAUACCACCAACUCUACUGCUUUUAACAGAAGUGUUUUUACGCUUAAAUAGUAUAUCUAAGUGAUAUGAGUCUAAAUUAUGUAUUGUGUGACUGUAUGCUUAUAGUUUGUGAUUCAUUUUGUGAAGAGUUUAUUUCCCCUUUAAGACUGCAUUUUCAAUUUGAAUUGUCACCCAACAUAGUAAAACUACCUGAGUUUCAA